GAAGAUGAGAUGGGGGUCAUCAUCCAUGUACCCAGAACUGUCUGUGUAGGGCGCGAAAAGAUACCGAUGGGUGCGUGGCUUGUUUCAGAUCCAUGCCUUCUUGUCGGUAAUAGGUGGCAGCCAGGCCUAGUUUUCCCUGUCUUGGAUGAUCCGGAUUCCAGGCCGAUGGUGGUCUAAGCUUAAGAAUUGGAUGUUGAAAAGGAUGCUUCGCGGUAGUAGGAUGGUCAGCUUGAGACCUAACCCAGCAAAGCAAGCCCCGGUCUCUCAGCAUCGGAAGUGCAAAACCAGGACGGACAUGGCGACGCGUGUGUCGGCGCUAGAAGCGGAGAUUGAAGAAGACAAAAUUUGGAGUAAGGAUUACGCUAGUGCUGUGAGCGGGUUAGCAGUCUCGUUGCGGUCGGAACAAGGAGGUAGCGUAAGCCUCUUUUGGUUCAGUGGCUUGAUGCUGGCCCAGCCCAUGUCGUCAACUGGACUCGAGUGGGCAAGAACUUGGGUGGACUCCAAGGACCGGCAGGGGAAACCCCGUCUUGCCGACUGCAGAUUGUGGAUGCGGGGAUUCGGAGACGACUGCGAUUCGUUGGCCGGGCUGGUGGUGUUGAGCCACAAGCCGACGUUGGAGAGGUUGUUGGAGAGGGAACGAAUGACUGAGUCGAGAGAAAGGAACAAGGAGAUUGUGUGCGGGUUGGCGUAA